AUGGACCCUUGUAAGCAAGGUGCUCUUAAUAGGACUGAGAAUUCUGUCUAUAGAACAGCCUUCAAAUUACGAUGCAUGCAAACUCUUUGCCAAUUGGACUUGAUAGACAGCUCCUUGAUUCAGCAAGUUCUAUUGCAUGGACGAUUUGGGGAGAGCACGGAGAUCUCCCUUUCUAUACAUCAGCUUUUUCAGGAGCUCCAGGAGCUGUUUCAGAGAACUGGGAUGGGAAAAACAGCUCAAGUGCAUCCAAGAGCUCCCGAACUCACUCUGAGCCUCCUCAUGGCCAUAUAUGACAGCACAGGAUCAGGUAUUCUCAAGCUUCGGCCUGUGGCUGCUGCUCUGUUUGCCCUCUCAGGGGACAGCCCUCUUACAAAGUACAGAGCUUUUUUUCAGCUCUAUUUGGAAAACAACAGGAGAGGUAAUGACUCCCGAGCCCGCAUGACUCGGAAGGGUUUGAGAGCCUUACUAACAGAUCUACAGCAGAUUCUGACUGUCAUGGGAGAGAGCUGCACUUUGUGUUCCGUGGAAAGUGCUAUCCACAGCUGUUUCCGAGGGGUGCUGAGCUCUGGAAUCAAGGAGGAAAAAUUCUUGUCCUGGGUACAGUCUGAGCCUCUGAUCCUUCUAUGGCUCCCAGCCUGCUACCAACUGUCUGCCUCAGAAAUGCUUGCUCACCCCGUGCGGUGCAGCAUAUGCAGAACCUUCCCAAUCAUAGGACUGAGAUACCGCUGUCUGAAGUGUCUCAACUUUGACAUCUGCCAGCUGUGUUUCUUGUCUGGUCUCCACAGCAAAUCCCACCAGAAGUCACAUGCUAUGAUGGAGGAUUGUGUCCAGAUGUCAUCAAAGGAGAACACAAAGCUCUUCUUCAGGAACCUCAGAAACAGCCUGCCCCAGAAAGGCGACAGGACAGGAGCCAUGGGGAGACAGUGGCUGCUGGACCAGCUGGCUCCAAGGCACCCAGCUAGCCAUGGGCAGGCCAGAUUUACUUUACACAUGACUGUUCACAUCAGCAAGAAUUACACUUUUAUUUAUAAGGACAUAAUUGGAAGUUUUGCAUUGAGUUUAAAGGCCCUAAAGUCCCAGUGUGUGCAAGGCCAACAGGAGCGGUGGCGGCAGCGGCCACAGAACGCCCCAGAUACCCAUGUCAAAGACUGUCACCUGCUCCACAAGCAGAUGACAAACCACGUGACCAGAAAGACCAUUGUCAGCAUUAAGAAGGAACUGUGGAGAACCCAUGACUUCAUCAAUACUCUGCACAGGGAAAGAAGGCUCCUUAGAAAACAGUUAAAUAGAUACAAACACAAAUUGCAAGGCACAUACACCUUACAGAAGGAACAGAAUUGCAGACUUGAAACAAAGAUUCGGGAGCUUGCAACCAACCAGGAUAACCUAUGGACCAAGCUACAGCAGAUGAGACAAGACCUACAGGCUAUGUUGCAGCCACUUCAUCCUUCACUUCCUCUUCAAAACACAGCAUCCAAAACUGACCAUUCUUUACCUGAUAAUGAGCUGCGGAGAGGAGGGGACUCAUCCCACAUCAAGAGUGUCAUUAGGGAUGGUCCUGAAUGGGAACUUCUCCCUAAGUCUACCAAGACUGACAGAAAUCACAAAUGUCAAGCAAGAUCAGAGAAAGCUCUGCCAGACUCUGAACCCCCAGAGGUCAUUUUGCAAGGCACCAGGACACAAAGCCACCCACAAAAGAUGCUAAGGGAAGUCCAUGCCUCCCCAUCUGCUUGCCAGGAGCAACAGCAAAACAAUCCCCGGAUUCCUCCUGCUGAAGUAAGCAGCCCUGCUCUGGCAUCUUCAGCAGGGGAAGAGGUAGACCACAUCAGUGAAAGGCUGAUUGACCUGGAAGAGGAAGAACUACAAACACUGUUGCCCAGACUCCUGGAUGCCUUCGACCAAGACACGCCAUCAGGUCCAAAGCCUUCAGAGGACAUGGAGCUGUAUGGUAGAGCUGAACAGGUGUGCAGGGCUUUCUCUGCCCUUGUGGAUCAAAUCAUCUCACCCAGCUUGGAGUGAAAAGGAAUCCAGGUUAAAAGGCCACUUGGUGUGAUGGCAAACCCUUUAUUCACAAUCCGAAUUUAAAAGAAUUUAACUUGCAGCAUCUCUCUAAAUG